AUGAACAAUAGUAAUAUUUAAGAAGAUCAAUUCGGUUCUGAGUAAGAACCUUAGCAAUAGAAGAAUUCUUUUAGCUCAAAUGUGGUAUUCGGGAGAGGGUUCUGGGAAAACUUGACAUCCUAUCAAAAAAGAUUAAGAAAAGAUAUUGAGAGGAGUGAAUUUUUCACUCCAUAUAUUAAAAAAGAGAUGUUAGAAAACUUGUAAAAAGAUCUGGAAAAAGAAGUUAUUGAAGCCAAAAAAGAAAUGGAAAAAGAAGCAAAUAAAUUAAACGCGGAAGAGGAAUAUUUAGUUAAAUAGGAAGCAGACGCAAUUGCUUCUAGAAUUGAUAUUUCUUUAGAAACUAAAAUCAAAGCAAUUUACUUUAACGAAAAUUACGCAUAAAAAAAUAAGUUCUUCAUUUUAAGUGAAAUUAAAUCAAAUGAUCCUUGCACUUUUACUAUUUUACCAGAUAUUCAAUUUAAAGAGAAUGCUGAAUUAAAUAAAUAAAUUUAGGAAAGAAAUUCUCAAUUAGAGUAUCCUUUAGGAUAAGCUUUGGAUCCAAAUUAUAAAAUAACGACACCCAGAAUCAAAAAGGUUUAUAGUUAUGUUAACCCAAAAGCUAAUCUUGAUUUAACAAGAUUUGGUGAAAAAAGGGAUUUCUUCAAUCAGAAAAUAGAGCUUACUGCUUAGUAAUAUUACAAAUCAUUUGAAAAAAAUGCUUUGUUUCAUAGAGGAGCAUAUGUAUAAUUCAUUAAUGUUCAUGACACAAUAUUUAGAAAAAGAAAUUAUGAUUACAGAAAUCCUACUUUGCAUUAUACUUGGCACAGAAAUCCCUUUAAAUAUUUUGCAUAUUCUAAAAGUUUCUAUCAAGCUAAUUGA